CACAGUCCAAACCCCCAGAAAAGCCCUGCUGAAUCCUCACACCGUCUGUCAGCAUGGGGAGCGCUUGUUUUUCCCGGGACGUUUGUUUGUUUAUCCUCCUCAUAAAUACUUGCAGGGUGAUGGGGAAUGUCGGACUCGCAGAUGCAGAUGAGUGUGCGGAAGGUACAGAUGACUGCCACAUCGACGCCCUCUGCCAGAACACGCCAAAGUCCUACAACUGCAUCUGCAAGCCGGGCUACAAGGGAGAUGGCAAGCAAUGCGAAGACAUGGACGAGUGUGAGAACGACUACAAUGGAGGCUGUGUCCAUGAAUGCAUCAACAUACCUGGCAACUACAGGUGCACCUGCUACGAUGGAUUCAUGCUGGCCCACGACGGACACAACUGUCAGGAUGUGGAUGAGUGUGUGGACAACAACGGGGGAUGCCAGCAAGUGUGUGUUAACACCAUGGGGAGCUAUGAGUGUCAGUGCACAGAGGGCUUCUUCCUCAGCGACAACCAGCAUACCUGCAUCCACCGCUCUGAUGAUGGGAUGAACUGCAUGAACAAGGACCACGGCUGUGCCCACAUCUGCAGAGAGGCUCCAGGCAAAGGCGGGGUGUCAUGCGAGUGCCGUCCUGGCUUUGAGCUGGCCAAAAACCAGAAAGACUGUACAUUGACGUGUAACUAUGGAAAUGGAGGGUGCCAGCACACAUGUGAUGACACAGACAAUGGGCCGGUGUGUGGCUGCCACCAGAAGUACGCCCUACACUCAGACAGCAAGACCUGCAUCGAGAAAGAUGAGGCUGCAAUUGAGAGCUCUGAGUUCAAUGCCACGUCAGUAGCUGAUGUGGACAAGCGGGUGAAACGGCGGCUACUUAUGGAGACCUGUGCUGUCAACAACGGUGGCUGUGACAGGACAUGCAAAGACACGGCCACAGGGGUACGCUGCAGCUGCCCUGUGGGAUUCACUCUGCAGCCUGAUGGCAAAACCUGCAAAGACAUUGACGAAUGCCAGGAGAACAACGGAGGCUGUGAUCACUUCUGCCGGAACACAGUGGGUUCCUUUGAAUGCAGCUGCCAGAAAGGCCACAAACUGCUGACUGAUGAACGGACAUGCCAAGACAUUGACGAAUGCUCCUUUGAAAGAACCUGUGACCACACCUGCAUCAACUACCCUGGCAGCUUUGAGUGCCUGUGCAACAAGGGAUACAUCCUGUACGGCCUCACUCACUGUGGAGACAUUGAUGAGUGCAGCAUCAGUAACGGCAGCUGCGAGCACGGCUGCAUUAACAUGCAGGGUGGCUACGAGUGUGUGUGUCCACCUGGACAGAAACUCCACUGGAACAAGAAAGACUGCAUCGAGGCGGUGAAGUGUCUGCCCAAUGGGAAGCCAGCGCCCCGAGCCCAGCUGACCUGCACCAAGAGUGGAGGGGCAGAGGUCUGCUCGCUGUCCUGCCCCUCCAACGCCCUCUUCCUCGCAGACUCAGAGAACAGCUACACUCUGAGCUGUGGCGUACCAGUCCAGCCUGGUAAAACUCCACAGAAGAGGAAUGCCACGGCUGCCUUACCCACCUGUGCAGACACCAUGGCCCCGCCCAUCAAACAGAAGGCCAGGUUUAAGAUCAAAGAUGCCAAGUGUCACCUGAGGCCUCGCAACAAGGAGAAACACAGAGAUUCAUCUAGACAGAACCUGCAAGGAGGCCAGUUCCCCUGCACCGACGACUGCCAGGUCACGUUUGUCAACCUCAAGUGUGACUCGUCCAAGAGACAACGACGACGAGGACGCAAAUCUCCUUCGAAAGAGGUUUCCCACAUCACGGCUGAGUUUGAGAUGGAGAUGAAGGAGGAAGAAGCCUCAGACACGUGUAAUGUGGAGUGUGUGCGUGAAAAGAUGAAGCAGAAGCUGCAGAACGCCAUGCGGACGCUCAGGAAGUCCAUCAACAAACAGCAGUUCUACAUCCAGUUCUCUGGGACCGAGUAUGAGGUGGCCCAGAAACCGUCCCGGGUCCCGGAUGGAGCAGAGGCCUGCAGCACAGGACAAGUCCUCAGAGAGGGAAAGUGUGUGAGCUGUGGUGUGGGGACGUUCUACAGUGGGGAGCAGGAGCAGUGUGUCCAGUGUCCUCCCGGUUCGUACCAGGACACAGUGGGUCAGCUGUCCUGUGAGCCCUGUCCCAGCACUGAAGGACAGGGCAUCGCUGGUGCCAAGAAUGUGUCUCAGUGUGGAGGUCAGUGUCCAGCAGGUCACUUCUCUGCUGAUGGCUUCCGUCCGUGCCAGCCAUGUGCUCUGGGUUCCUACCAGCCAGAACCAGGCCGUGUCCUCUGCUUCCUUUGUGGAGGAGGGAUCAUGACUAAAUAUGAAGGAUCAAUGUCCUUCAGGGACUGUGAGGCCAAAGUGCACUGUGCUCCUGGACAUUACUACAACUCCAGCACACACCGCUGUAUCCGCUGCCCAGCAGGAACAUACCAGUCUGAGUUUGGGCAGAACUACUGCAUCACCUGCCCGGGGAACACCACCACCGACUUUGAUGGUGCCACCAACGUCUCCCACUGCAAAAACCAGGUGUGUGGAGGUGAGUUGGGAGAAUACACAGGCUACAUUGAGUCUCCUAACUAUCCUGGAGAUUACCCCUCCAACGUGGACUGUAUCUGGAACAUCAUCCCACCACACAAGAGGCGAAUUCUCAUCGUGGUACCAGAGAUUUUCCUCCCUAUCGAGGAUGAGUGUGGAGACGUGCUAGUCAUGAGGAAAAGCGCCCUUCCCACCUCCAUCACCACCUAUGAGACAUGUCAGACGUAUGAGCGGCCAAUCGCCUUCACUUCUCGCUCUCGCAAGCUCUGGAUUCAGUUUAAGUCCAACGAGGGCAACAGUGGCAAAGGCUUCCAAGUCCCAUAUGUGACCUACGACGAGGACUACCAGCAGCUGAUAGAGGACAUAGUGCGAGACGGCAGGCUCUACGCCUCGGAGAACCACCAGGAGAUACUGAAGGACAAGAAGCUGAUAAAGGCCCUGUUUGACGUCCUGGCCCACCCUCAGAACUACUUCAGGUACACAGCACAGGAGUCCAAAGAGAUGUUCCCUCGCUCCUUCAUCAAGCUGCUGCGCUCCAAAGUCACCAGGUUCCUAAGGCCGUACAAAUAGACGUAAAAGAACCCCCUUCACCCUGCGUCAUUCCAAAUCCAGCAAGCUAAAUGUAACCCCCUCCCCGUCUACUUCUCCCCUGCCUCGGUCAAUACAUUGAUGUACCCAUUCUAUAACUGAACAUCCCCAUUUCCUGUAUUUGUCCUAAAUCCUGUUCGUCAUAUGAUGCCUUUCCUCAUCUUUGACCCCUUUCAUUAGUAACACAGCAUUAACUGACCCCCUCCCCUCCAGUUAGAGCAGCUUUUUUCUAUAAGGUUUGACUGAUAUGGGUUUUUAUAGGCCAGUAUUGAUAUUUUUUUUAUAACAUAGCAGAAGAUGCCUGAUAUAUAUUAUGUGUAUAUAUUGUUUCUUUAAAUCUGACCUGUUUUUUCUCAGUUUAGUAUGGUAAAAUUUAGAAGGGUGACCCUGUAUGCUAAGUCAGUGAAGGUGCAAUAUCUGCAAUAUUGGUGGUAUAAUUAGAUAUUCAAAACCAAAUUGAGUAUUUUUCAACACAAUCCAAAUAAUAUAGAAAUUUAAAGGACAUCAGAGACGUAGUCAUAGCAAACUUUCGCAUCCUUUAUUUGUGGUCAGGAAACCUGUAUAUUAGGUGUUCUAGUGGCUAUUAGAAUUCACUGAAACAUUAUUAGCCAGAUUAAAGAUAAAAAGACCAAUCGAGCUGCACUGUCAGGUUAAUACAACGCUCAUGCAUGUAUGGUAAAUAUGAAGCAGUAGACAUCUUAGCUUAGCAUAAGGGCUGGAAAUGGGAAAACAGAUAAUGGCCAAUCACAGAUAUAUCAGUAUCAGUCUAAGUGUGUUCUGAUAUGCGUCAAGAUAUAUAUAAAGAUAAUAUAAUGCUGAAAAAGAUUCUUGGGUAAUUUUGAAAUGGUGUCAUCACCUUGUUCGUUCAGACUGGCAGCACAGAAUAAUGUCGUCCAAAACAGGACAAGAGUCACUGUAGCAAAAUACAGCUGGCAAAUACUUAACCCAUUCUGCCUUUACGUUAUAAAACAAAUAGGAGUUUAACAGUAAUGUUCCCUGUAUUUAUACUAUAUCCGUGUUUCCUUUAGGGGGAAAAGUGGCCAACGGGAAAGUCUCAGGCCACGCUCUCUCAAAUGUCUUCAAAUGUUUUCGAUCGUCGCAAAGCUUUAAACACGGGAGACGCAACUGUGGCCGCUGUCGCUAACUGUGCACAACGUCAGCAGCUGAUCAUAAACAAAGCAGCAUGGCUAAUUAUGCACAGAGUCUCCGCUGAUCAUAAACAUAGUGAUUGUAAAUUAACGGCAUCACUAACUGUGCACAGAGUGUCUAGUGCUUGUUGUAAACAAACAGAGAUCGCUAAGUGAACACCUCCUGCAGCAGCAGCACAUACACACUGUACUGCUACAGAGCUAACUGUUAGCCGGCUCUGUGACUGCAGCCUGGAGAGACUGCUGCAGGAGGACUGUGCCACUUCGACUCGUUCUUACUCCUCUUAACGAGCCGCCAGCCCCCGCGGCUCGUUAAGGAGAGCCAAAAAGUUGCUAAUUAUAGCAACAAAGUUGCUCAGUUGGGAACACUGCUUUGCCGGCUUUUACAAAUGGCGUGUGUUGUUGUCGUGUAGAGUACUACGUCACAUCCUGCUUAGCCAUCUAUCCAAUCAGCAACCAGGCUGCUCUUCAACAGGGAUGGAAAAAUUCCAGACAAAAGCCAGCUCCGGACUGCUCGUAUUCAAAUUAGAGGCGUUUCGGCGAGUGAGACCCGCCUCAUUCCGGGUAUUUUUACUACCUACAUUUAGUAUGGUCAGUCUCUAGUUCUUGUUCCGGGACAGUGUCCUCAUGAGAGAGUCUAGCCUCGUCUAGCCUGACCGUUCUCCAGCACUGGUUUGGCUCCACUCAUUAUCAUUCUGGUGUAAGGGAGAAUGAUAAUGAUUGGCCCACAUGCCAUCAGUUAACACUGAGGGGGCAGCGUUUAUAACCUAUACUGCAGCCUGCCACAAGAGGGCAAUGGAGAUGUUUUGGCUUUCAUCUCGAAGGUCAGUUGUUGCUGUUUCCCCUGUUUACAGACUUCAAGCUAAGCUAUCAGCUGCUGGCUGUACUGCCCUACAAAGCCUAACUGCAGUAACUACAUUUUUGGUCCAAAUUGAGUUAUAAUUGAAAAUGAACUCCUUUAUGUCUGUUUAAUGUUGUGACAAAGUUUUAGAUUUCAAUUUUGCUUUAUUUCAGAGAAAUAAUAAUGUAAAAAAUGCAGUAACUACAAAAUCCAACUCAAAACUAAAGCUAAACUUUGACUGUGAUACAGUGUAGCCUUGUAUUUCUUCAUUGUGUUGAAUAGUGAAGACAAGUUUAUUUGAAAGGGAAAUUAUUAUUUAGAUAGUGAGUAAGUAAAAAAAGUGAGAUAAAUUACAUUAAGACUAAAAUAUAACAUUACUUUAAAAUAUUAAGUCUAAAAUACACAAAUCGUUGUGUUGUUAAACUCUUUUGAAAACAACAUUGUAGUUCCUGCACUGUGUUUGUGCAUUACUAUUAGAACCUUUUACAGCAAAACCAGAGUGCAGUAACUAACAGUUUUGGGGUUGAAGGUCAAAUAAAUCGUCACGAUUUUUGAGCAUAAAAAUUACAUCGUCAAUACAUGUAGAAAUAAGUGUCAUAUCACUUACCUACCUAUUACUAAUUUGUCUGGCCAGUUAAAAAACAUCAAAAAACAGUUUUUCUCAGUUUUACCCUUUGUGUAGUUACUGCAGUUAGACUUUGUAGGGCAGUGUAGUUUCAGAUAAAUUGGGUUGAUGUGAGAGUGUCAUUAAUCUUGUCAUUUAACACUGUGCAUUAGUGAUCCUUAAGCAUUAAAAUAGUCAUGAAUUAUUAUCAUUGUCCUUCCCUAAGGUCAUUUACUACAUAUUAUAUAUAUAUAUACAUGGUACUUGCAGUACUUAGUAAAUGACCAGUAUCAGUCAAACCCUAUUGCUGCACACCAUAUACUAUUUCUUCUUCUCUCCCAACCACCCCCCAGAUUUCUGCCCAUUCAUUAACAACUUUUUUCUGCAAUCUUCCUUUCACUUACUCCACUUCCUCUUUCAAAUGAUUUGCUUUGCUUUCUGUGUUGUUGUUUUGUUUUUGUAAUAUUUAUACUGAACAUGUCAGAACUUGCAGAAGCCCACAUCGCAGAUGUACAACGCACACACAAAUGUUUAAGACGUGUAUUGUUGUGUGGACAUACACGAGUGUACAUGCAUGAUUGGCCCGCACAGUGUACAUGGACGUAUCUUGAAUUGGAUUUCUUUAUUGGCCCCUAUGUGCACGAGACAGAGAUGAAAAAACAAUUGGUGCACUUAAAACAUAUUUUAACACAGAAAUGAUUUGAAAGAAAGUGGGGAAAUGUAAACCAUUCCACCUUUAGUGGGUGCUUUAUCCAUUUGAGCACAGGGAAAGAUUACAUGGGGUGAAUCAGAAAGUCUAUAUUGUAAUUUUUUUUUAAUAAAAAAAAAGAUGUAUAACAAGAUGAGAUAAACUACCUGCAAGUAACAGAUUGUUACUUUAGAGAGAAAUGUAUGUGAUGUAACUAAUAUUUGGAACUUUAAUUGCACUUGAAUUUUAUAUUUUAAACUGUAGGAAAAAAAGAUCUAAGUUACGUAUUUGUUACCUUUUUUGUGUUGUUUUGAAAUGUGCCACAUGUGGCGGUGAUGAGAGAGAAAGACAGCUGUGUCUCCUGUUAUUGCCCCCCACUCUGUAGAUUGCAGUGACCCCAAAAUCUCUCAGUUACAGUAGCUUCAAGUCCCAUUCACACACACGUAUACACUCAGAAAUAAUGUGCUGAAUUUGUACUUUUAGUGGUACAACUACAGACAUCAGACUAAGCAAAGUAUUCCAGACCCAAGCAAUGUUUUAACUUCUUACUGGGGGACCUCGGGCGUUAAAAAGUACAUACAGUAUACACCUGUAGUAUAUAAUGGGUACAACACUUUUACCAUAGAGGGUACUGCCUAAGUGACAAGUCUUUGUACCCCUAAAGGUACACAUUAAGCACAUUGUUUCUGACAGUGUAAGCUGAAGCUUCAGCAUCUUAAAACUGUACUAAUAUGCACAGAGAAAAGACAGUGUCAGCAUUAGAUUGCUCAAACUUGCCACCAACACUACUGUUUGUCUGUGUUUUCACUGCCCAGUCCUGCUUCAUCCCUCAUACAUGUCCUAUAGCUGCCAGAGAGAAGAAGCAGCAGCAUAAAGGCUUCUUGUAUGAUGGCACUACUUACAUACAGUAUACGCCUGUUUCUAAAAACUACUUACAAUAUCUGCAUUCACCAAAUCUCUUUCCAUUAAAUAGGAGGUAUAGUGUGUAUACUAUGCUUUUCUUUUAUAACCCAACUAAAUGUUUCUGUGUCAUUCCCAAUGGUACUAAUAUGUCUAUGGAAUCCUAUACCAUUUAUUGAAGAUGGGCUCUAUAUCUGCACAAUGCGACUGGAGUUGUUAAACAUGUACGGUGUGACUGGAGUUUCAGUCUGGAGGUGAAUGUAGUCAGAAUAAGAGGCAUCUCCUAUAUGAGUGUCUGUGUGUCCGUAGCAGCGUCAACUGUAAGCCAGUGAACCUUAUCUGUGUGUUGUGUUGUUCAUAAAGAAGCAAGAAGCCCCUUACGCCUGGUUAUGUAUCCCACUCCAUUUUUUGGCUAGUCCUGCCCCACGAAGCAGCCCGAUUGGUUAAUGUUAGACACUGACCUUUAGUACAUAAGGUUGGAAUAGAUACAGUCUGUAUUUAUUGGAGCUACCAUAAAAUAUGCACAUUAUCUACAGUUUUACAUUUGAUAAUAGAAUACAAACCCCACAAAGCCACUGAAAAAAAAGUUUUGAAGCUCUAAAGACCUGUACUGCCCUACAAAGUCUAACUGCAGUAACUACAUUUUUGGUUAUAACAAAAAAAUGAACUCCUUGAUGUCUGUUUUGCCUUGUGAUAAAGUUUUAGAUUUCAAUUUUGCUUUAUUUCAGAGAAAUAAUAUUGUAAAAAAUGCAGUAACUACAAAAUCCAACUCAAAGCUAAAACUAAACUUUGACUUUGAUCCAGUGUAGCCUUGUAUUUCUUCAUUGUGUUGAAUAGUGAAGACAAGAAUAAUAUAAAUUAUAAGUAUAUUUGAUAGGGAAAUUAUUAUCUGAAUAGUGAUUAAGUUAAAAAAAAAGUGAGGUAAAAUUAUUUUUAGACUAAAAUAUAACUUUACUUUAUAAUAUUAAGUCUAAAAUACACAAAUCUUUGAAACACUUUUAAAACAACAUUAUAGUUACUGCACUUUGGUUUUGCAUUGCUUUAAAAGGUUAUAAUAGUAAUGCACAAAGUGCAGUAACUAUAUUUUUGGGGUCAAAGGUCAAAUAAAUCGUCAUGAUUUUUUAGCGUAAAAAUGACAUCAUCAAUACAUGUAGAAAUAAUCACUGACCUACAUAUAACCCAUUUGGCUGGCCGGUAAAAAACAUUAAAAAACUUAAAAGCAGUUUUUGUCAGUUUUACCUUUUGCGUAGUUACUGCAGUUAGACUUUGUAGGGCAGUGUAGUUCUUGAGGUUUCACUGUGUGUACAUCCCUGCAUGAUUUAGCACAUUGUCGAAACUUAAGCUAACGGUGCUGAGUAACCUUAGCGCUGCUACUGUCUCAAAUCUGUGCAUGGAAUACAGUAAGACAUGCCAGUCUAUUUUAAUGGCUGUAGGGUAUGACUGCUAUAUCUAUAGCCCACUGGUCAGUUGAUUGGCUCUCAACAAAUCAGAUAACAGUACCUCGGGAGAAUGCUACGCAGGGCGAGUCUUGCCAGAUGAUAAAAUGCACAUGUAAAAUGCACAUGAAUUAUUGGUGUUAAAGUGUCAGUCAUGAAAACAUAAUGCUUCUUGUCUUUGUGCUGAGCACAAGAAAUAACAUGAAAUGAGUGUCAGUGCUCAUUUAGAGCCUCUCAGUGCUCAAUGAUUACAGAUGAAAAGGCCAUACUGGAAGUUUUUGCAUGUUGUAGCCCAUUAACUACAACAUAUUUGUACGGCUUAGUGUUUUCUAAAGUGUAGCAUCUCAGGUUUCCUAUUUUGCAGGAAGCCAUAUUGGUUUGAUUUCAGUACACACAGAAAAUCUAUGUGCUGAGACUUGCACUAUAUCUCACUCAAAGCGCGGCAAAGUUAAAUCAAGAAUUCAAUUAUAAGCUAGCUCCCUAAAUUGGCACUCUGUCAUCAAAACUUUAAGCACCGCUGUUUUGGGAAAUACACUUUUUUUUUACUCACUUUUAAAAAUCAGGUUAUCAAUUUUCAUCUAAAUUGUUUGUUGUCCUGAUCCUAAGACAGAAUCACUAGUGAUGUGCCAAUGAAGCCUCAUGAAGCAUUUUCUGUAUUUUCUGACUCCACUAGAUGGAGCUCUCUGAUCAACAAAGGGCUGAAAACUAGUGAUGUGCCAAUGAAGCCUCAUGAAGCAUUUUCUGUAUUUUCUGACUCCACUAGAUGGAGCUCUCUGAUCAACAAAGGGCUGAAAACACACUUGAGUACCAUUGCAAUAGCCUUUUUCAAUUAUCCAAGGACGCCAUCUAGUGGGCUCAGAAAACAAAGCAAAUGGUUCAUGAGGCUUCAUUGGUACAUCACUACUGAAAACACACUUGAGUACCAUUGCAAUAGCCUUUUUCAAUUAUCCAAGGACGCCAUCUAGUGGGCUCAGAAAACAAAGCAAAUGGUUCAUGAGGCUUCAUUGGUACAUCACUAAUAAUCACACAAAAACAGUUUAGAUCAGAUUUUUUUUCUCUCAGGGCCUCCAUAUGAUCCUGUCCAUGACGUCCACAUUGAGUGAUUUAAUGUUCCAAUCAAAAAAUUCUUCAGUGUAAUGCUUUUCAGCAUCUAACUUUUUAAUAUUUUAGUGCACUGAAAUUAAUCCACUAAGACAGGAAGGUAUAAAAUCUAUCAAAAAACUUACUUACUUUUAAAAUAGUCUGCAGCCAUCAAAAUAGUUUGUUAUUUAUGGACUGAAACAGACAAAACCACAAAGGUAUGGUCCCGCAUGGCACUGAGCUGGUUAUAGUCAGAGGUUUUAUUCAAAAAAGAAGAUAUGGAGAUGGAAAUGAAGAGAACCAAUAACAAAAUGGGAAACAGGCAUUGGCUGAUAAUCACCACCUUGAAGUUGAUAUAUUAUGGAACUGUAACCCAAAUGUAAGUGAGGUCACUGGAUCAUCAGAUAAUCUCCCCAAAUAAAAGAAUUAUGUCAUUAGGUAUUGUUCAAGGCCUUGCCAAAAAGCUGCCACACAGAAAAGUAAUGGUACGGCCUACUUCCUGUUGGAGGUGGGCGCUGUUCAAUAUGA